AUGAGCGUACCUCUGCCGGUAUCUACUCAACAAACAGAAGAAGAUUUCAAUUUCCAGAAGUUUGAUGCUAAAAAUGUCGAAAGAUCAGCCUAUUUAGGUCCUUACACAGAAGCGAAUUUAUUGGGCAAACUGUCAGCAUAUUACAGUCUUGAUGAAUUAUCUGAAUAUUUAUUGGAACAUCCACAAUAUGGUAAUGUUACAUUACAAUUCCCGGACUCAUUAGUGAUUGAUUCCAGUUUUGUCGUUAAGACUGUCGAAGAGCAAUUAAACAAGAAAGACCCAGAAAAUAAGAGAAGAUUGUGGGUAUUGGCAGAUACUGCCUACAGUGCAUGUUGUGUAGAUGAAGUUGCAGCAGAACAUGUUGGUGCUGAUCUUGUCAUACAUUUUGGUGAUGCAUGUCUUAAUGCUAUUCAAAAAUUACCUGUCGUAUAUUCAUUUGGUAAACCUUAUUUGAACUUACAAUCCAUCAUCACUAAAUUUAAAGAAAAUUUCCAUGAUUUAGACUCUAAAGUAUGUUUAAUGGCAAACUCACCUUUCACUCAUUAUAUUAAGCAAAUUUUUGAUGAAUUGAAAGCAAGUGGAUACACGAAUUUGAUAUAUUCUACUGUGAACAAGAAUUUAAUUAAUGACAAUGUAACUAUCUUGUCUCACGAUGAUAUUGAACUCAAUCAAACAGAUUUUGUUUAUGGUCUAGGUAAUAGGAUGCUAUACAGUGAUAAUAAGGUAUACGUGGAUAGUACUGAUAGAUCCAUUGAAGAUCAAUUGAAGGAAGAUGUGACCUUGUUUUACAUAUCUGUCCCACAGGAUCCCCAUUUAUUGUAUUUAACAACAAUGUUUAAUUCCGUUGCUAUUUAUGAUAAUAUAGAUGAUUCUAUUUGUAAUGGUCCCUUCCCAUCUUUAAUGAAACGUUAUAAAUAUAUGCAUGUUGCAAGAACUGCCGGGUGUAUCGGUGUCUUGGUUAACACAUUAUCUCUAAGAAACACUAAAGAAACGAUCAAUAAACUAACUCAACUGAUUAAACAAAAUGGUAAAAAGCAUUAUUUGUUUGUAGUUGGUAAACCGAACGUGGCAAAAUUAGCUAAUUUUGAUCCUGUCGAUAUUUGGUGUAUUCUUGGUUGUGGUCAAAGUGGUAUUAUCGUCGAUCAACUUAACGAGUUCUAUAAACCAAUCAUUACUCCUUAUGAGUUAACCAUGGCUUUGAAUCAUGAAGUUACAUGGACUGGGAAAUGGGUAACUGAUUUUGAAGCUGCGUUGAAGGACGUUGAAGAAGAACUUGCUAAUGGUGGUACUGGUGAUAACGAUGAUGAUACACCAAAAGAUGAGAGUGAGGCUCCAGAAUUUGAUGUCGUUACUGGGAGACUGCUUGAUACAUCGAGGCCAUUGAGAAACUUGAAGCAUCUUGAAUUAGAAGGUCCAACUUCAAGUGACAAAACUUUGGCAAAGAGAGUUUCUGGUGGUACUGUGAUAAAAGGUACUGUAUCUACUUCAGUGGCUCAUUUACAAUCUAGACAUUGGUCUGGUCUAGGAAGUGAUUUCAAGGAGGACGAAGGUUUCGAAGAAGAAGGUGCUGCCAUCGAAGAAGGUAUCACAGGUGUUGCCCGUGGGUAUGGCUUUGAUCGUCAUGAUGCACAGUCCAAGCAGUGA